GUGGGGAGAGGGACGGGGCGGUUGGAGACAGUUGGGGACAGUUGGGAAGCGGGGACGGGGCGGAGAAGCCCCGGUACACGCAGGCAAGGAGGGACCCAGCGGGACAGCGAGGAACAGGCGGCGACCGCGGUUCCCUCACCCACCGAAGAGGCUGCUGCUGAAGCCGUCCCAGACGCAGCCGGCGGCGUCCCACACCCAGCGGCUCCUCAGGCACGACAUGAAGAAUCUCCACAAAGCAAAGGCUCUGUGCUCAGCAAUUCAAGGAAGCCUUGACCAAUAAGCCUGCCAUCAGCCUUGAGUGAAGUAAUAGAAAAGUGGAUCGGGAGAUAAACAACUAAAGAACAAUAUAAAGAAAUCGAUCAACGUGGUCUACAGAAAAGAUGUCUGAGAAGAAGGAUUGUGUUAAGGAGGGUUGCUCUGCUCUUAAAUCACUGGAUUUCAAGAAUGCAUUGGAGCAGUUCCAGAAACUAGUUGAAAAAAUGAUAAUCCAGAAGACAAAGGAGGGAUCAGGCUUAUAUACUGAAGAAGAUGAUGAGAUAGACUAUGAUAAAUUCUAUAAAACCACAAGAGCACUUUUUGGUUCAGCAGUUAAGGACCAUAAUAUUCAGGCUUUUUUCAGGAAGGCUAUCAACAACCUUGACAUGCCAGACUGGUUAGAGAUUUUUGGCUGUUUCACAGGAGAAAGUGAUGGCCCGCUUUCCCAGUCAAAAGAAAGCAUGGUUUUCCUUGUAUCUGAAAAAAAGCAGAUUACUGAUUCAGUUGUCAAGAGAAAAGAUGUGAUUAAGGGUAUAGUGAAGGUAUCCCGUCUGGAUUUCACAAUAACAGCCUCUCAGAAAGGAGUGAUAACUAUUUUUAACAACCAGAUGAAGGUUCAGGCAACAAUCAAUGUUGAAGAUACUGCUUGGAUCACCGGAUGUGAUUUCCUACCUCAGCUGAAAUAUGUCGUGGCUGUAACUGAAAGCACAGUCGUUAUCUGGGACUAUAAAUCAGACGACAAUAUUCCACAGAAUAAUGGCUAUGUCAUCAAACCAAUGAAAAACUGCCUGCUCUGUGUCUGCACGGUGACUACACCAGAUCACCUGGCUAAGGACAGUAUCUUAAUGGGAGAUGAUAAGGGUUAUGUUUACCUGCUUACUUUGACCAGUGAUGACUUUAUAAUGAAACAAUAUAAAGCUGAAAAAGAAUCACAAUUCCGGGUCUUGAACUCCGAAAAUUUGAACAUUCUCAAACGCAAGCUACAUGAUGACUGGGUUGGGAAAGUUAGGUAUAUUUCUGCCCUGAAACGAUUUGGAUCCUGCUCCACAGACAGCCUUCGUUCAUUUGUUUUGGAUGAUAUAAAACGACUAGAGGACAACCUACCUCCAAGGGAAUUUUCUGUCCCUAAAGGCGUCAAUGCCUUCACAUACUGUGGAAAGGCAAAAGUCGUUGUUACUGGAGGUAAUGACAGAGUCCUUCGUUUGUGGAAUCCUGCUAUUAAUAUUAGGCCUACAGGGAAGCUAUUAGGACACAAACAUAGUGUUGUGGAAAUUGUGACCAAUGAAAAAGAUCAACAUGUCAUCAGCCUCUCCUCUGCAAAGGUUUUUAGAGUGUGGGAUGUACAAACCCUUGCACCACUGCAGGUCUUCCAUGAUAACCAAGGGAGUCCUGCAGAGCUGGAUACCUUUCCCAUGGUAUUUGACAACGAUCAUGGCAUACUUAUCACUGGUUCAGAUGUCAUUGAUAUUUAUCCCCUAGCUAAUGUGAUAGAAGAUACAAGACACCUGCCACGGACACAUGAGAAAAGCAUCAAUGCUCUAAUUUACAACAGGGCUCUUCACCAGAUUCUCACCAUUUGCACUGAGUCAAUUCUGAAGGUCUGGGACCUAGAAACAGGAUAUCAAAUAUAUCAAAUUGAAGAUGCACAUGGGGUGAAUAUUGAAGUGACCUGUGCAGCCAUUGAAAUAAAUGGGUUUUAUGUUGCUACUGGGGCAUGUGAUGGAACAGUGAAAAUCUGGGAGUUUGAAAGUGGGCAAGAAUAUAAAGCCUUGCCUUUGGCCCAGCACAGUGAAGAUGAGCAUCGUGUACUGAAGAUAGUCUAUCUGAAGGCUGAUGAGAGUCAACAUGCACUUCUUGUUUUGGAGAAGACAGGGAAAAUGAAACUGAUUCAGGGUGACUCAACUCAAACACAUCUACAUGUCACAUGGGUGCUUCCUGAUGCAGUGUCUUUUCCACGAAGGAAUCCAGUUGUAUAUCUGUUGCUGAAGCCUGACACCUCCCAAGAUUUCUUUCCAGCUAUUCGGAUUCUGUCUAAUAUCAGUUCUCUGAGUGAUGACACACAGAGUUUUGUACCUUCUGUGGAAAUUAACUGUUUUGCUGUUAUAAAAGUAGAAGGAUGGAGUUUGAUAGCUACAGGAAGUGCAAAUGGUGAAAUAAUUUUGUGGGAUUUUGAAUCUGGCUCUGUAAGAUGCUUGCAUGAAACUAAUAAAGACAGCCAGGAUUCAGUUUCUCCAGAAUGUGGAGUCAAUGCCAUGUUAUUCCUUGUAGACAGUGCUUUUACUUCCAGGAAAAGGAGUUCCCAGCCCUCUACUGCUGUGAUGGAUGAUGUCAGUGCCACCCCAGAGCACGAGAGCAGUUCUUUGAACCCAAAUAAGGAAAACGUGGAAAGUGAUAAAGUUAAUACUGAAAUAACAACAGCAGAAGACACAGCUACAUCCGAGGAUACCCAAUACCCAGAGAUGAAUGUACAAUCAUCCAAAGCUAGAGUAGGACACUCACCAAUACUGGCCUCUGCUCAUGAAAGUGGCUGUAUCCGCCUAUGGAGUGUUCAGGGAAACUUAGUGAAAGAACUUUUGCCAUUUUCAAAAGAUCCCUCAGGUCCUCUGACAGUACUAUGUACAGACAUCUCAACUAAACUGCUUUUGGCAGGCAGUAAAGAGGGAUACGUUAUGUGCUGGAACAUUGCCUCAUUCUUAGAAGAUUCACAAAAUAAAAAGAAACAAGUAAAGGAGAAGCUCUGCUGGAGGCCACACAAUACUGAAGUGGUUGACUUAUUUCAUGAAGAGGAGAAAAAUGUGGUAGUGACAGCAUCCACUGAUGGUUCUGUCAGGAUUUGGCAGGCCGAGAAUGGAUACUAUUUUGGUUACUUUGGACAAUCUAGGAAGUUUGAAUUAUCAGAUACCAGUCGGUUGAUUUUGCCUCCUGAUGUUAAUAACUUUACUGCUAUAAUUAGAGAGGAAAGCAAGCCUAUGGAAAAGAAGGUUGAAUAUCCUCUCAUGCUGGACAAAGACAAGUGGAAGUCCCUUACCAGAUUACCCUUAGUUUUAGAAAAGGCUCAACAUGCAAAUGUCAUUCAGGACUUCAAGUUUUUCCAAGCUCUGGCUCCUGAAAAGUCCCACAGAAGAAUUGCCCGACUGAAGCUGUGAUGAAACUAUCAUCUGGGGGCAAGUUCUUACUCCAUUACCCCUUGGCUAGACUUCCACUGUCCUCUGCUAACAUGUAUCCACCAAAACAGACAA